AUGGGAGUCGAACCUCCAUUCAUCUACGACCGUCCCCAGGUGUACACCUUUGGCAACCCAUCCACACGUUCCUUCGACCCCAAAGCUGCGUCUAGAGCAUCAUGGCAGCCACCUCCACCUCGACCAAAACAAGAUGGACCAUUGAUUGAUUUCAACAAGCAUCCAGACUCGUACCUGGCUGCGCCUUAUGGGAACCUCAACGUGAAGCCCAUGCACCCUCGAACCAAGGUUAGAGUCGAUCGGGGCAGGCGGCUGCAGCUGUUUUUACGAAUUUGCUCUCUUAUCGGGGCCUUGGGUGCAUUGUUCUGCGUCAUUGCUAUCAACAAGACUGCUACGAAUGUUGGGUGGAUUAUUCGAGCUGCACCAGCUGUGGCUAUCUGUCACACAAUUUAUGGCAUCCACCACCUGUGCCGAGCCGCCACCGGUCGGACGCCUGCCUCCAGUGCGAGCUAUAUGAUUUUUGCUGCCAUCAUCGACACCGGUCUCAUUCCCUUCAUUGUCUUUUCCGCCUGGUUGGCCAAUGCGGACUACACAAGAAACGAGUAUGGGUGGAGCACACUUUUCAACGACUCGGAUCUCUCCUACAAGAUCAUCUUUGCUUUCUUCAUUGUCUCGUGCGUCCAAGGCGGCUUGUUGGUAGUCUCGUUGGUUCUCGAUAUCUACUUGGCCACUAUGUUCAAGGCGAUUGCUCGGAUGCCACCAGACAUGAAUCCGCUGGAGCCCAAUCUCACGUCCAGACACAAGCGGAAUAAGUCGGAGGCGAUUACAGAGAAGAACAUGAAUGCCUCUGCCCUGGCUUCAAAGAGAGAGUCGGCCAUGUCUGGCUUCAGGCGAGUCCCCUUCAUUCACACGCGCACCGAUUCCGCCGACAGCGUGACUCUCUAUGGAAAUGACAGUGCUCGAAACUCGAGGGCGGAGUUCCGCAAAGAGCUCGAUGAAACUGGGAAAGACCCGUGGCGAUUUUCCGGGUCGACAGCCUCGCCCUCGCGACCCACCUCCGCCAUCAGCCCAUCGCCAAAUUCUCGUGGUGCUGGUUCUGGUCUUGACUAUCGCCCCGAACGUGCUUCUUCCCCUCUCAAGGAGUCUCCUUCCAGGCCGUCUUCUUGGCUCUCGUACUUGGACUAUGAAGGGAUGCCUACUGAUAUGAGCCGAGACGCCAGUGCUCGCCUCGACAAUGAAGUUCGUCCUAUCUCUCCAGUCUCAGCCACAUCAGGGCGCGAUCCAUCCAUCGACAGACGUAACAACGAGAGGGAAAAUUGGUAUCAAGGCUCACCAAAACACAGCCAAGUCUACCUCCCGGCGAACAAUUCAAGCAGGCUUCAACUUGACCACAAUUUGACGGUCCCCACCACCGAAUUGACCCCUCAGAAGCGAAGCAGAGAGCCGCUGGCAAUGAACCCUCCGACACCCAUCCGCGAGCGCUUUGCCAAUGAAAACGCCCAUGCGACCCCACAAUCGAAGUCGAGGUACUCCUUUGAACAAGAUAGGGAAGUCCUCAAUGAUACAAAUGCAAACGCUCGAGGCCGCCCGACGGGAAACUCCAGACCAUCCAGCUUCGUGGGAAGUGGUGGAAAGGCUCGGUUCUAUGGUGAUCUCAGAUCCUCCAUUGGGUCGGUCAGCUUUCCAUUCAAUGAAAAGAAGGAGGCAGAGCUCAAUGUGGACGAGAUCGACGCGUACGAGCGAACCAAGACCAUGCAGACCGAGAGUGACUAUAGUGCCAACUUUGAGGUGUAUGACUCGGACAGUGACGAUGAGGGUCAGCUUCGUGCCAAUAUUGUGGACUUUAAUCCUUCACUUGUGCAGCCUCAUAAUCCCUUCAGCGUGAGACAGAGCUCUAAUUCGACUGGUGCGGAUCUCAACAGUGGUUAUGCUGGUCUAGGCGUUGAGUUUGGCCAAGGCAUGGGCAGAAGACGAGACGUUAGUGGCAAGGUCGCCGAAGAAGGCCGCGCUGGCAGUGUUUCUCCUAGCAGAAAUGGCGAGGCUGGCUGGAAACGAUUCAAGGGAUUGUGA